AUGCAUGGAACUGGCACUCAAGCUGGUGAUGCCGUGGAGAUGAAGCCGGUCUUAGAUGUUUUUGCUCCAGGAAACCGUGGUCCUGAACAUUCGCUACACCUUGGAUCGGUCAAGGCAAACGUCGGUCACGCAGAGUCAGGAUCAGGGGUAACUUCUCUGAUCAAGGUCCUGAAGAUGAUGGAAGAGAACGAGAUCCCGCCGCACUGCGGUAUCAAAACAAAGAUCAACCACAAUUUCCCUACCGACUUCAAGGUGAGAAAUGUGAAGAUUGCGUUGGAACCGACUGAUUGGAGACGACCGGAGCAUGGGAAGCGAAAACGAACCGUAUUUUUGAACAACUUCAGUGCUGCCGGAGGGAACACUGCUCUGCUUAUGGAAGAUGCUCCUAGCGUUUUCCCUAUGGAUCACCUCGACCCUCGAUCCACUCACUUGGUGGCAGUUUCUGGCAAAAGCAAGCUUUCAAUUCAGAAGAACAUCGAAACUUUGGCGGCUUUUCUGAAUGGCAACCCCGAACUGUCGCUCCCAUUUCUGGCAUACACAUCAACCGCUCGCCGCAUGCACCAUAGCCAUCGAGUUAUCGUCAGUGGCCAUGACCUCAGAUCGACCAAAGACGCUCUGCAAGGCCUUGGACCAAGCGAAGACCUAAAAUCAAUUCCGAUUCCCGCAAAGGUCCCCAAAGUGAACUUCGUAUUCACAGGCCAAGGCGCCCUAUAUGCCAGUCUGGCACGCCAGCUAUUCGACCACAUCUCCUCAUUUGGGGCAAGUAUCCAGCGCUUUGAUCGCAUAGCGCAAAGCCAAGGAUUUCCAAGCUUUGUACCCCUGAUUGAUGGUUCUCGCGGCGGCCUUCAGGAGGUCGGGCCAGUAGUCUCUCAAGUAGGCACUGUCUGCGUACAGAUGGCCCUUGCUCAACUAUGGAUCUCUUGGGGAGUUUAUCCAUCCACGGUAAUCGGUCACAGCCUUGGAGAAUAUGCGGCGCUUCACACCGCAGGAGUUGUCUCAGCUAGCGACGCUAUCUUCUUAGCCGGAAUCAGAGCUCAGGUUUUAGAAGAACGCUGCAACAUCGGAACACAUGCUAUGCUCGCCGUCAAAGCGUCUUUGUCAUCGCUCAGCAAUUAUGUGAAUCGGCAAAGCUACGAAGUUGCUUGUAUCAAUGGUCCUAAUGAGACUGUACUCAGUGGGACGAUUUCAGGGAUUGACUUGCUUUCAAACAUUCUUACAGCGCAAAACAUCAAGAGCAUAAAGCUCGAUGUACCCUUCGCUUUUCACUCAUCUUAA